AUGAAUCCACCUCAUCAACGAGACCCGGAUUCAACAGACUCCUACAUGGUAGCAUGGAUCUGUGCCCUGCAAGAAGAAUAUUUCUGUGCAUGCCGUAUGCUUGACGAAGAAUUCACGGGGCCAGAGAUUAGCGAAGACAACGACGACAACACAUACGUCUACGGUCGUAUUGCGAAGCAUUAUGUGGUGAUAGGUUGUCUUCCGGCUGGUCGGUAUGGCACCAAUUCAGCUGCCCGUGUUGCCCGAGAUAUGGUUCGAACGUUCCCACAUCUACGGUUCGCACUAAUGGUGGGAAUCGGAGGCGGCGCUCCGACCGCCCGAAAUGACAUCCGAUUAGGAGAUGUUGUCGUGAGCCAACCAAGCGAUGGAUUUGGCGGAGUGAUACAGUAUGAUCUGGGCAAGUUCAAAGAUGGUCGGUUCCAGAGGACAGGUCAACUUAACGCGCCGCCUGAGAAACUUCUGGGAGUGAUUCCGGAGUUGCGUCGACUAUUCAGUGAUAAAAAGAAGCCAGACAGACUCGCAGAACAUCUCCAGCGUCUUGAUGAUAUGGAAGAUUAUCAACGACCAGCCGUUGACCAGUUAUAUGCCAUCAAAUAUCCUCCAGUGAAUGGAAAAACUUGCAACGAAAGUACUUCACACUCGGUAGUGGUCCGCCCAGAGCGCCGCAACCACCGUGUAUUCCAUGUUCACUACGGAAAUAUCGCGUCAGGAAAUACUGUGCUCAAGGACGCUAUUGUGCGAGAUGCAUAUGCGAAAGACCCGCAAUUGAACAUUCUGUGCUUCGAGAUGGAAGCCGCGGGUCUAAUGAAUAGUAUUCCAUGUCUGGUAAUACGCGGAAUCUGCGAUUACUGUGACUCUCACAAAAAUGACGACUGGCACAAAUAUGCUGCGCUCACUGCUGCUGCAUAUGCACGCGAGCUACUCUUAGUUCUAAGGCCGCAACGUGUGGAUGCCAUGCCUCCUUGGGCCGAGGCGACCGAGCGAGUAGCUCAAGAACUUCAAAAAGGGGUUGAAUGUUUGGACCGGAAGAUUGAUUUUGGCAGGUUGCCAGUUAUUCAAGAGGCAGCAAUUGACUCUUUUGGGAACCGACAUGAGGAUGAAUGUCUUCCAGGCACUAGAACUGAACUACUCAACGAGAUUGAAGAAUGGGCUGCGUCACCACACGGAAAGUGUAUCUUCUGGUUGAAAGGAAUGGCUGGGACAGGAAAAUCUACAAUAUCUCGGACUGUGGCAAGGUCGCUCAAGGACACCAACUAUCUAGGUGCCAGCUUCUUCUUCAAGAGGGGCGAAGGGGAUCGAGGUAACGCGAAGAAUUUUUUCCCGACAAUAACAUGGCAACUGAUGCUCAGAAUUUCUGGCCUGAGAUCUGAAGUGCAAAAAGCACUCGAUCAUGAGCCUGACGUUGCGUCAAAGACAGUCAGUGACCACCGACAAUCUCAAACUACUGUGAUAGUGAUCGACGCUUUAGACGAAUGUGAACAGGGUAAAGACGUCCGAAAUUUAAUUCGAUUACUGCCGCUUCUCCAGAAGGCAAAAGCGUAUCGCUUUCGGAUCUUUAUUACUAGCAGGCCCGAACUCCCAAUCAACCUCGGCUUUUUAGAAAUUGCGAAUCAUGAAUAUCAGGACCUAGCUCUUCACGAGAUACCUAAAGAAGUGAUAGAACGUGAUAUACACUUAUUCCUAAGGAAUCGAUUUGCGAAAAUCAAACUCGACAAAUAUAUUUCUGACGACUGGCCGGGAGAAGACGUCAUCCAAGAUUUGCUCAGGAUAUCUAUCCCUCUAUUUAUUGCGGCUGCCACUGUGUGCCGGUAUAUCGAGAAUUCAUCAUGGGAACCCAAAUUACGCCUCGCGGGACUCCUUAAGGACCAACGCAAAUAUGCUUCGAAAAUGGAAAAGACUUACCGGCCAAUUCUGACGCAUCUACUCAACGAACAGGAAAACGACGAUUUAGAGCAGCAGCAGAUCCUGCAAGAGUUCCAAAGCAUAGUCGGUAUUAUCAUCCUACUUGCUGAUCCGCUUUCAAUAAACGGGCUAUCCGCUUUUCUUGGUAUAGGAGCGGACCAAAUCAGCUUUCGAUUGAAAUUCUUUCGAUCAGUUUUGAGCAUUCCCGAUAACCGCGAUGAGCCUAUCAGGAUUCUGCAUCUAUCAUUCCGGGAUUUUCUGGUGCAGCCUGGGACUCAAUUUUAUGUGGAUGAGCCGAGAAAGCAUAAGGAUAUUGCAAAGUUCUGUCUGCAAACAAUGGCUUGCCACCUACAGACAAAUAUCUGCAACCUAGACAGCCCUGGUACGUGUACGGCAGACAUCGACGCUCAACAUAUCCGCCAACAUCUACCACCUGAGCUACAAUACUCUUGUCGCUACUGGAUACAUUAUGUCGAAAGGAGUCAGGCCGUAUCUUCUGAUAUAGAAGAUGUGCGGCUAUUCCUCAAGAAGCAUUUUCUGCACUGGGUGGAGGUGAUGAGUCUACUGGGUCUCUUAUCGGAUGUAGUGGGUCUGCUUGAUCUCCUUCAUAGAUACAUAUCAGGCGACAAUAAUUUCGCACUGUCUAGUUUCCUACAUGAUGCAAAGCGCUUUGUUCUGAAAAAUCGCCAGAUGGCCGACGAAGCGCCACUUCAAAUUUAUUGCGCAGGGCUGGUAUUUGCACCUCGAACGGCAAUAAUCCGUAGAGAGUUCCAGUCAGAGCUUCCGAGCUGGAUAUGCCAGCUCCCACAAGUUAACGAAACCUGGAGUGCAGAAUUGCAAGCUCUCGAGGGCCAUUCGGACUCGGUUAACUCGGUAGCCUUCUCGCCCGACGGCCGGCUGGUGGCGUCUGGCUCUUUGGAUCAGACGGUGCGGCUCUGGGACACGGCGACGGGCGGCUUGCAGCAGACUCUUAAGGGCUAUUCGGGCUCGGUUCGGUCGGUGGUCUUCUCGCCAGACGGCCGGCUGCUGGCAUCUGGCUCCGACGAUCGCACUGUGCGGCUCUGGGACACAGCGACUGGUGACCUGCAGCAGACUCUUAGGGGCCAUGUAGGUGCGGUUCGGUCGGUAGCCUUCUCGCCCGACGGCCGACUGCUGGCAUCCGGCUCCGACGAUGGUACUGUGCGGCUCUGGGACACAGCGACAGGCGGCCUGCAGCAGACUCUUAAGGGCCAUGUAGGUUCGGUUCGGUCGGUAGCCUUCUCGCCCGACGGCCGACUGCUGGCGUCCGGCUCUCUGGAUCAGGCGGUGCGGCUCUGGGACAUAGUGACGGGUGCCAUACAGCAGACGCUCGCGGGCCAUUCGGUAGUUCGGUCGGUGGCCUUCUCGCCAGACGGCCGGCUGCUUGUAUCCGGCUCCGACGAUCGCACUGUGCGGCUCUGGGACACGGUGACGGGAGCCCUACAACACACCCUCGAAGGCCAUUUAGGCUGGGUUCGGUCGGUGGGCUUCUCGGCCAAUGGCCGGCUGCUGGCGUCCGGCUCUUUGGAUCAGACGGUGCGGCUCUGGGACACGGAGACGGGCGGCUUGCAGCAGACUCUGGAAGGCCAUUCGCGCUGGGUUCAGGCGGUGGCCUUCUCGCCCGACGGCCGGCUGCUGGUGUCCGGCUCUUUGGACCUGACUGUGCGGCUCUGGGACAUAGUGACGGGCGGCUUGCAGCAGACACUUGAGGGCCAUGUAGGUUCGGUUCGGUCGGUGGCAUUCUCGCCCGACGGCCAGCUGCUAGCGUCCGGCUCCCUUGAUCAGACGGUGCGGCUCUGGGACCCGGCGACGGGCGCCAUACAACAGACUCUCAAAGGCCAUUCGGGUUCGGUUCGGUCGGUGAUCUUCUCGCCCGACGGCCAGCUGCUGGCGUCCAGCUCCCAUGAUCAGACGGUGCGGCUCUGGAACACAGUGACGGGCACCUUGCAGCAGACUAUUGAGGUCAAUUCGGGCUGGGUUCCGAUGCGCUACUCGCAGCCCUAUUCAAGCUCUGCUCCGUCGGUGGCCUUCUCGCCAGACGGCCGGCUGCUGGCAUUCGGCUUCUAUAACCAGACAGUGCGGCUUUGGGACACGGCGACGGGCGCUAUAGAACAGACUCUCAAAGGCCAUUCGGGUUCGGAUUUGCCAGCGUUGUUCUCGCCCGGCCGCUGGGUGGUUGCGACAGGGUCUCUAGAUCAGACGGUGCGGCUCAGGGAUACAAUCUUGUAUGAGGACGAUUCGGGCUCGGUUACGUCAGUGGCCUUCUCGCCGGACGGCCGGCUGCUGGCUUCCUGCUCUUUAGAUCAAAUGGUGUGGCUCUGGGACAUAGCGACGGGCGCCUUGCAAAAGACCCUAAAGUCUAAGGGAAUAGUCACCGAACUCCAGUUCUCGCAAGAUGGUUCAUAUCUAAUCACCAACUUAGGCAUCCUCGAUGUUCAAUCCGGACACGAAAAUCAUGCUUCUAAUUCAACCAAUAGAAAUCUGGCGAUCUUCAUUGAGCAAGGACAGUGGAUAAACCUGAACGGCAAAAAUGCACUAUGGCUUCCUCCUGAGUUUCAGCCUAGCUGUUCAGCGACAAGUGGGAAUUCACUUGCCUUAGGACACGAAUCAGGGCGGGUUUCUUUCAUACGAUUUCGUACGUAG